CUGUGGUAGCACUGGGUAAGGCUGCUUCCUUUUAACCUAUUAGAUUGGGUGCACUCCAGGUUCCUGGAAUGGGCCUCUCCUCCUAGGUUACUUUAGCCUGUCUGAGAAGUACUGUGUGGUUUCCACCAAUGGAGAGUGGGUAGGGCAUGGUGCCUUGUCCCACUUGCUGCUUCUGUUUGUUUUUGUGCCAAGAAUCCUAGUCAGGAGACUUGCUUUGGCUCAGAAGAUUCUCCCACAGGAAGCAAGAGAGGGUCUGCCAGCUGGCUUUUCUUUUGAUUUCCUGCCCUGUCUUUGGUGUUUGUUAAACCAGGAUGUGGAAGAGGUCAGAGUGAUGUCCUUUGGACUUGAGUAGGAAUCCGUUGACAAGCACCAAGCUUUUCAAGAUGGCCCUUCUCACAAUUCUUAGAAUUCUUUUUUGGGGAAUGGUAUUUUUUAUGGAACACAGGGUUCAAAUGGCAAAGGCAGGGUGGCCCUCCGUCACCCUCCUUGCUGAUGACCCCAUAUUGCCCUUGAAUCUGGAUCUGGCAAAAGAAGCCCCUGACAAGGAGAUGAAGUCACGGCCCCAAGGAUAUCCCCUGAGGUAUAUGAUGAAGUUAUACCAGCGUUCGGCUGAUCUGCAUGGGCAUCCUAGGGAGAAUCGCACGAUUGGAGCUAAAAUGGUGAGGCUGGUAAAGCCCUCAGCCAAUGCAGUAAGGCCUCUGAGAGGUCUCUGGCAUGUACAGAUCCUGGACUUUCCUCUAACAUCAGAUCAGGUAGCAUACCAACUAAUCAGAGCCACUGUGGUUUACCGCCAUCAACUUCAUCUAAUUCAUUACCAUCUCUCCUGCCAUGUGGAACCUUGGGUCCCCAAAUGCCUGGACAAGCACUUUCCUUCUUCAGAAACCGAUUCCUCAAAGUCGCCUCCCAUGUCUAAAACCUGGACAGAGAUGGAUAUUACACACUGUGUUCAGCAGAGACUCUGGAAUCGCAAGGGACGGAGAGUCCUUCGCCUCCGCUUCAUGUGUCAACAGCAAAAAGGCAGUGAGGUUCUUGAGUUCCAGUGGCAUGGUAUGUCAUCCUUGGAUGUCGCCUUCUUGCUGCUCUAUUUCAAUGACACUGACAGGAGUGUGCAGGCUAAACUUCUUGCACAAGGCCAAGAGGAGUUAACUGAUAGGGAAUCUUCUGUUCUCAUGCGGAGUGCCCGGCAAGCAUGCAACAUUGCAGCUGAUGUCCCUUGUCAUUCUCAGGAACAUGAUAGGUCUGUAAACAACCAGUGUUCCCUCCACACUUACAAGGUCAGCUUCCAUCAACUAGGCUGGGAUCACUGGAUCAUUGCACCCCGUCUCUACACUCCAAAUUACUGUAAAGGAUUCUGCGGUCGUGUGCUACCCUAUGGUCUCAAUUCACCCAACCAUGCCAUCAUUCAGAGCCUUGUGAAUGAACUAGUGAAUCACAGUGUACCUCAACCUUCCUGUGUCCCUUAUAAAUUUCUUCCUAUGAGCAUACUUCUGGUUGAGGCAAAUGGGAGUAUCUUGUACAAGGAGUAUGAGGGUAUGAUUGCCCAGUCCUGCACAUGUAGAUAACAACAAAGACAGCAUUCUUGGUGUUAAAGAUGACAGUGAUCUACCCAAUCUACAGUUUCUGUUCCUUAUCUUUAAAAAAAUAUUGUGCUUAUGCUUAAAAUAUAAGAGCACUUAAAAUUCUAUAAAUGUUAGGAUCAUGUCUUAAUAUUUUUAAAAGUAAUUUAAAAUACCACAAAGUAGUUAUCUUUAGCAUUAUUUAAAUCUCUCCCCUCAUUUGUGAACUCCUCAGCUUGCAAAAGAAUUUCCUGGUACUGGUAGCAUAGCAUGGAUCAGUGUGAUCUUACUAGUCAGAGUCUGCAGUGCUUGGAUAAGAUGCUUUUCUAGAGAUGUGCUAUUAUGUCAUUUUUUAUUGUGACUUCACAGAAAACAACACUGGUCCAUGGUAGUAGAAUAUGUGACAUCCUGGAGGUGACUUCAUUCUGGGCUCAUCUGUUUUGUGUGUUCAGUCGGCUCUUCUGGGCAUGGGUCUCUGGAAGGACAACCUUGCUUCUUGGGAAGUAUAGAACUCUCUCUGGGACUAAACUUUUGAAUUUCUCUCCUUUUAGUGGUGCUGAGGAUAGUGAGCAAGUGCUCUACUACUGUGCUCUCUUCCCAGCCCAGCUUGCCUCUAUAAUCCUGUACUUAUAAGUGUUGAAACAAUAUUGCAAAUAAAUGAUACUUUUCUUGUUGAAAGGAAUCUUGAAUGCUUUGGAGAUUGGGAGAGAAUGCAAAGAAGGAAUUUAUGACUUUGUUCUCUACAACUAUGAUCCAGAUAUCUACCUUAGUCUCUGAGGGACAGGGCCAGAGGAGAGACUGAAUUUGCUCUCCAGGCAGCACUACUAGUAAGCAACUCUCACUGAUGUGCCUGUUUAUUAUGUCGAAGUACCUGCAUAACUAUUGACUAGUCUUCUUACCAUUCUCGGUGUGAUAAGACCUGAUUUAAGGGUGAGGGUAUGUGCUUGCCACUGUUCCUAUUUGUUUCUUUACAUUUAUCAUUAAUUAACUCAGUUAAUUGGUAAUUAAUCCUUUCCCAGUGGUUGAUGCUCACUGGACUGAAUAUUUGGGGAUCUAUUACUUGGCAUCAUUUUGCUCACAUAUAUACUUAGAAAUCAAUUCAGGCUCUACUAUUAGUCUCUUCAGUAUUGUCAUGACAAGCCAGUUUAAAGUAGCUGUCUCCUCUCUUCUCAUAGCCCAGUACACUUUCCCUUAAUAAGUUGUAGUGAUAUUGUCUUCACUGAAAAAAAGUUGGAGCUCUCUUUGAAGGUUUUACUUGUCUCAUGAAUAUGUUCUGAGUGACCAGAGCUGAAGACCUAGGAAAUCCUUUAAUGAACACAAAGUUGACAUUGAUUUUGUGUGUGUGUGAUAUGGAAUACCCCCUAUUUAUAUAUUUGUAUGUUUAUAUAUGUAUUUUCUUAAAGAAUAAAUGUAACGUGUACUUUGCAUAUAAAAUAUAGUGAUUUCAAAACUGUUCAAUUUAUAAAAGAUUAUGAAAGCUAUGUUAAUAUGUAAGGUGGUUUGGGAAAUCAUGAUAUGUUGUAAGCUGAACUGGGAGAAUAAAUUGGGCUUCCCAUUUAA